AUGACCGAGCAACAGGACGUCACAGCGUACUUCCCAUUUGGGGAGAUGGCUGUGACGGACCAUUUGGUCUGGAAGUAUGAGCACGAAAUCGCCGACGACAUCGAGGAGAUCUCCAAUAUGCGGAGUCGCCAGAACGGCUGGGCAGCCAAGUCUUCAAAGGCUUUGUUUGGCUUGUUGCGACAGCCAGAAACUCCGUCUGGGAACGUAUAUGGAGGCCUCCCUGGAGCGAGACGCUUUGGAUGGGCGCCGAGGAAGUCUUUCGCCGUCCUCAUGGCCAACUCUAAAAGGGUCUCUUUCAGACCUGGUCGCUCCUGUGGCUCUCUCUUUCGACUGUUUCAUUGCGUGGGAUUUCAGCAUUGGAAUCUCAGCAAUGUAGGGACUUGUCCGAAAGCGGGUCGUCGGGAGCGGUUGACUUUGCAGCGCUGUCAACAGCUCGGGUGCAUUUUCAUGCAGAACUACGAGUCCAUUAAGCAGAAUGGAAUCUCGCUGCGGGCAACGAGGCUUGGCUGGCAGAGACACCAUCUGGCGAUUCACUUCGUGUACGCCGGCGGCUCUGAGUCUCCCGGUCCUGGGACGGUGAUCAGGUACGGCAGCAACAUCUUCUAUGCGAUGUUUGAUGUCGGCGCAUUUUUCAACCAUGGAGGCUCUCCCUCUGGAGAGGUACCUGCUGUGGACGAGGAAGCCCUUCGUCGUCUUACUCGUGAGACCGAAAUCAAAAAGGCAGCCGAAAGGUCCACAGCUGAAGAAGAUACUGCUCGGUUGACACCGUUCACGGACGAGUGGACGCUACCCGUCUCCAACAAGAGGAAGAGCUCAAGGAGGAAAAUGGACGCUCCCUACGGGGAUGCACUGGUCAAGACGACACCGUUCAACAGCCUGCCGACUGACGUGCGGAAGCUUCUGGGGGCCGAGUACAAGUGGGGCAACAUGCUGGUUGAGCUGAACGGCAAGGCCAAGGCCUAUUCCAACGGCUGCAAGUCCCCGUUCGACAAGGGCGUCGGUAACGAUAUUACCACUCUUCUUGAACGCCUCAGUGAACCUAAAAAGGAUGAUCCUGACUAUGCCGCGAAGCUCGCAGUAUACAAGGCUUUCUGCUUUGAAAGUGGUUCCGCAUGCCACUUGAGCAAGAUCCUCGUGACAAGGACGGACUUCUUUACGCAGGUUUCUGCAAUUUGCCAAGCUUACGGCCCGGACUUUUUCGCCUACGUUCAGAAGCACGCUUCCGACCCCAACAUUCGGCGCAAGUACAAGAUUAACACCCCAGAGGGGAAAGCUCACGUGGACUUGAUGGCAUACGAGCCCUAUGAGGACUUCGCUGUUGAGGAGUUCAUCGAUAAGCUCCUUGGGCCAACCAUCGAGGAGGUCGACGAGCCCAUGAAUGCCGCCGGCAGUUCCACUGAUGCGCCAUCGCACUCUCCCUCUGGAGAGACGGCUGGUGCAGCAAAACAGGAACCUACAAGUGCACCAUUGGAGACCGAUGCAGCAGAAGGAGGCUCUGCCUCUGGAGACGUAUCUGGUGUCAAGGUCGAGCAGCCCGAGCGCUCUUCUUUUGAAGAGGUAUCGGGAACCAAGGACGUGCACAUGGAGGAUGCCGGUGACACUGGCAAACACGAUGCUGAUGAGGCAACGGGAAGCUCACCCCCUGGUGAGGAACCCAUGCCUGACAUCAAUUCAUCUUCCUCCGCAGAUGCAUCAGAUGAAGAGAAACUUCACGACCAGGGCAUCUGGGGGAAGCAGAAGAACAUCGUGGAGCCAGGGGCUUACGAAGCGGAAGCCAGAGCGACAGCAGAAGCAGAGGCCAACAACGAGCAAGCCUUUGAGAACAUUGCUGGGGCUAAGGAAAAGGCAAGCCUGAUCGACACUGAUGAAUAA